UGCUGGGCGCAGCGUACUACCGCUGGUCGCGCAGGCGCCUCUACAAGCUCGCGGCCGAGAUACCGUGCUUACCGGACAGCUACCCCGUCAUCGGACACGCACACAUCUUCGCUGGUAGCAAUAAAGAUAUUAUGCAAGCGUUACAAAACCUGGGUCGAACAUCGAAUGAACACGAUGGCCUUACAAGUUUCUGGGUGGCCAAUAGGCUGUUAGUUAGUAUGACAGAUCCUAAGGCUAUCGAAGUGGUGUCUAAAGCGUGCCUGGACAAAGAUGAAUUCCUAAUAAAAUAUAUGCGAACCGCAAUAGGCAACGGAUCUAUAUUUGCCCCAGUAAACAUUUGGCACCUUCGUCGCAAAAUCAACGCGCCUUUCUUCAGCCGCAAGAACCUGGACCAGCUGAUGCCGGUGUUCGACGCGAAGAGUUCCAUCAUGGCCGACCUGCUGCGGACCGAGGCGGGGGGAGGCGACUUCCCCAUCUGGAGAUACGUCACCACGUUCACGUUCGAUACAGUUUGUGAAAACAGUAACAACGAACUGUCACAUUUCAUCGACGUGGUAAUCCAGUCUUCCGGAGGGCUAGAGAAAGGUUACUCGAACAUGGAACUGCGUGAAGAACUGCUAGUGUUCAUGGUCGCCGGGAGCGACACGUCGGCCACCGCGGUCAGCUACACCGCCGUGCUGCUGUCCCGGUACCCGGCCGUGCAGGAUAAAGUGUACCAGGACGACACGUCGGCCACCGCGGUCAGCUACACCGCCGUGCUGCUGUUCCGGUACCCGGACGUGCAGGAUAAGCUGCUGGUGUUCAUGGUCGCCGGGAGCGACACGUCGGCCACCGCGGUCAGCUACACCGCCGUGCUGCUGUUCCGGUACCCGGACGUGCAGGAUAAGGUGUACCAGGAAAUACAAGAAGUGUUUGGCGAGUCGGACCGCGCCGUGACUGCAGAGGAUCUGCUGAAGCUGACGUAUCUGGAGGCCGUCAUCAAGGAGAGCCUGCGACUCUACCCGCCCGUGCCGAUAGUGGUGCGAGAGGUCCACGAGGAUAUACUUCUGCCGUCAGGCACAACGCUGGUGGACGAGACGACGGUGAUGUUCAACAUCUGGGGCACGCACCGCAACCCCGCGUACUGGGGCCCCGACGCGGAGGAGUUCCGCCCCGAGCGGUUCCUGCAGGGCCCGCUGCCGCACCCCGCCAUGUUCGUGCCCUUCAGCUACUCCGUCAGGAACUGCCUCGGUUAGUAUA